UCCAUUAACUCUUCCGACUUUACAUCUUUACAAACUUUUUCUAUUUUUGUGCCACUGCAAAAGUACAGCAAGAUACUUGAUAUGCUCCGACUAUCUGCAAGUGAAUUAGAGCAAUGAAACAGUACACAAAUAGCAGUAGGUUUGGAUAUGGAGAGAGAGAUGUUAUUCAAUCCGAAAGGGAAAACAAACAGAAACACCAAGUACAACCCACAGGUAUUCGAGAGCCUGGGUCCCUCUUGAUGCAAGAAAGCAAAUACAAGCUCUAGCAUACCCUCUCUCUCACACUCGGAUACUAUAUCAACUCACCACUAACCAACUCAACAAUUAACAAACUACCCACCCUCAUAUACAAGAGACCCAACCUCACUAUGCUUGCCCAUUGACCCGUUUACCCCUCCUAGCACAAGUAUAACGGAUCUCGGGCCUAUCAUUACCCCCUCCAAAAUCUUUAACCUUGUCCUCAAGGUCAAAGGAGGGAAACUGAAAGCGGAUGGUGUCAAAGAGCUCCCAAGUAGCUUCAAACAAGGGUACGUUUUUCCACUUGAUCAACACUUCUACUUGCUGUCCAGAAUUAGUAGAACGACGACGUACAUGCAACACUUCUGCGGGUUCCACAAUGAGCUCAAGAUCGGCAGUUAAGGUGGGAGGCAAAGUUGGAGAAGAAUGGGCGGUACCCACGGUAGCCCGAAGUAGGGACACAUGGAACAUGGGGUGAACAACUGAUGAGGUGGGAAGGUCCAAACGAUAGGCCACUGCCCCUAUGCGACGCAGUACCUUGAACGACCCAUAGUACCUAGCUGCCAAUUUCUCAUUCUUGCGGAGAGCUAAAGUCUUCUGUCGGUAGGGCCUGAGUUUGACUAACACCUGAUCCCCCUCCUGAAAUUCAACAUGUCGACGGGAAGAGUUAGCGGCAGUCUUCAUCUUUUGCUGAGCACGUAACAAGUGCAUCUUCAAGUCAUCAAGGAAAGAGUCCCUUUCUUCUAGCCACUGGUCCACAGCUAAGACUGAGGUGGACCUAACUGAGUGGCACACCAAGGCAGGAGGAUCACGCCCAUAAAGUACCUUGAAAGGAGUACAGCUCAGAGAAGAGUGGAAAGACGUAUUGUACCAAUAUUCAGCUCACGCCAACCACUUGGCCCACACCUUUGGGCGGUUGGAAGCGAAACAACGAAGAUAUGUCUCAAGGCAACGAUUGACCUCCUCGGAUUGGCCAUCCGUCUGUGGGUGAAGGUUGUGCUAUGCCGCAUCUCCGUGCCCUGCAAGCGAAAGAGCUCUGCCUAGAAAUGGCUAAGAAACACUCGGUCCCGAUCAUAAAUUAUGGACUGAGGCACCCCGUGUAGCUUGAUCACAUGUUGGAGGAACACCUGAGCCACAAUUCGAGCGUUGAAAGGAUGCUUGAGAGGAAUGAAAUGGCUGUAUUUGCUCAAGCAAUCGACCACCACAAAUAUAGUAUCUACUCCCUCAGAUUUGGGCAUUCCCUCGAUGAAAUCCAUAGUCAAAUCCUCCCAUACCCGUUCAGGCAGCGCCAACGGUUGUAACAGUCCCGUGAGAGACAUAGCCAUAUGCUUGUUGCGUUGACACACCUCACACUGUUGCACAAACUCAGUCAUUGCCUGUUUCUUGCCAACCCAAUACACAUCUCCUCACAAUCGUUGGUAAGUGCGAGACUCCCCAGAAUGGCAUCCAAUCGGCGAAUAGUGGUAGUCCCUCAAGAAUUGAGGCAUAAGGAAGGAAGCAACAGCUAAAACCAACCUUCCCUUGUAUGUUAGGCACCCACGAUCAGCUACAAAGUCUGCUACAUCGUUACCCGCUGCCAAGUCAGUAAGCACUCGAGAUAAAAAAUUGUCCACCUGCACUUCUUGUUCAACUACAUCCCAAUCCAGCCGAGAAGUAAAUUUAAGCACCGAACACUCAACAACACCUACGCGGGACAAGGCAUCAGCUGCUCGGUUGUUUGCCACUCGGACAAUACUGAAUCUCAAAAUCGUAGCCAAGGAGCUUAACCAACCAUUUUUGGUUCUUCGUAGAGACAAGUCGCUUUCCAACAAAAACUUCUAACCUUGUUGGUCGGUCCGUACGACGAACUUGCGCUCCAACAAGUAAGGCCGCCACUUAAGAACAACGAGAACAAUGGCCAUAAGUUCCUUUUCGUAGAUAGACUUAAGUUGGGCUCUUGGUUUCAAUACUUGACCGAAUUAGGCAAGAGGCCGACCCUCUUUUGCAUCAAGACCGCCCCAAUGCCAAACCCUGAAGCAUCGAUCUCCAUUACAAAAGUCUUAGAAAAAUCUAGGAGAGCAAGGAGGAACCGAAGUCAUGGCUUGCUUGAGGGCGUGGAACGCCUGGGUGGUUGCCUCGGUCCACCCAAAAUGAUCCUUUUUGAGUUGGUUUGCCAGGGGUCUUGCAAUGGCUCCAUAGCCCGCGACAAACUUCUGAUAGAACCCCGUCAAGCCCAAAAAUCCUCAGAGCUCCUUGAGUGUAGUGGGUAUCGACCAAUCUAACAUAGCUUGGACCUUGGAAGAGUCCACGACCACCCCUUCCCGGAGAUAAUAUGCCCCAAAUACUCCAACGUAUGCUGGCCAAAACAACAUUUCUUUAAGUUGGCAUAUAGAUGAUGGUUUGCUACGGUUUGUAGGACCAUGGAGAGGUGUUUCUCAUGAGUCACGUUAUCCUAACUAUAGACCAAAAUAUCACCAAAGAACACGAGCACAAAGCGAAGAUACUACUUGAAAACCUCAUUCAUAAGCGACUAGAAGGUGGCAGGAGCAUUGGUAAGCCCAAACGACAUGACCAAGAACUCGUAGUGGCCAUCAUGAGUUCUGAAUGUCGUCUUGUGGACAUCUGCUGCCCGGACACGAAUCUGAUGAUAGCUCGAUCGUAAAUCCAACUUUGGAAAACACUUGUGCCCCGUGCAAUUCAUCAAGGAGCUCAUCAAUCACAGGAAUGGGAAACUUAUCCGCCACCGUCUCUCAAUUGAGAGCACAGUAAUCAAACAAAAAUGCCAACUGCCAUCCUUCUUGACCAGUAGCACCGGGAUGGAAAACGGACUAGUACUUGGCUGAAUGAUACCGAUUGCCAACAUCUCCCUAACCAAAUGCUCAAUUUCAUCCUUCUGAAUUUGAGCAUAACGAUAAGGUCGCACACUCACCGGCGGAGCACCCUCGCGCAUAGGAAUUCCUUGAUCAUGGCCGUGGACCAGCAGUUGGGAUGUAGGCACUUCAAACACGAAUUGAAACUGUUGCAAUAGACCAGCCGUGGCCUCGGAUACCGUCGGAAUGUCAGAUGCCACAGUCGUACAUCACAGUUCCACCCAAACCCCACCCAAACCCCUUGGCGCUCAUGUUGGAGAAGGCGCAACAGACUUGAGAGAUACCCCGAUCUUGUGUAACGAAGGGUCACCUCAAAGAGUGAUGGCCUUGCCACUAACAUUAAGCUUCAUAAUAUGAUAUUUCCAAUGAUGGUAAGUGCCUCCCAAUGUCUCCAGCCACUGUAUGCCCAAAGUAACAUCGGUACUCCCGAGAGGUAGCGGAAGGAAAUCAUCCACGAUCUACAACUCCUGCAACACUAGGGGUACUGUGUGACAAACACCCUCUCCCUUGAUUGCCUGACCCGUCCCCAUUUAAACACCAUACGAAUCAGUCGAAAAAAUGGGUAGAGACAAUUUGGAAGCUAGCUCAAAAGUAAUGAAGUUGUGGGUGGCUUCGCUAUCAACGAGAACCACCACCUCAUGACCAUUGAUGCUGCCGAGGAACUUCAUUGUCUUAGGAGAUGUCAAUCCGACCACAGAGUUGAAGGAAACCUCAACCAAUUGGGCUUCCGGCGUGGUUGGAGAGCGCAAACCCAGGGACUCCUCAAUAGGGUAAUCCUCACUCUUUUCCGAGUCCUCAUCUUUAAGAAUAAUAAUCUGGAGCUCGGGAAACUUGCAUUCGUGGCCCCUAUGCCACUUCCCCUUGCACUUAAAGCAUACCCCACGUGCUUUCCGGUCCCGGACUUCAACUUCAGUUAGCUGUCGAUAAGUCGUUGUGAGAGUGGGCGUAGAAGACAAUUUGGAGGAAGACGAAGAGAAGGUACCCUUCGACCUCGACACUUGCAACGUACCCAAGGGUUGUGUUGGGUUGACUUUGCUUGGACCAAUUCGAUGGGCCCGGACCAAAGCUUAGUUGGCCUCUAUGGCCUCAGCCAACUCCAUGGUCUUGACCAACCCAGUGGGCUCCAAAAUUCGGAGUGGGCCUUGAAUCUCCAUCCUUAGGCCUUUGAUGAAAGUAGACGUUCAAGACAACACCCAUCGUGGAGGCAAGCAUCUCGAAUUGUUGUCGGUACCCUUGCACGGUGGAGACCUGUUGAAGUCUGUUAGAAUAUAUUAGCUGUAUAUUAGUUGUAGAAAUUAGAGUUAAUUGUAUUUAGUUAGUUUUCUAUUUAGUCUCCCUAAUUUUGUAUAUAAAUACAUACUAUUCUAUUGAAUAAAAUACAAUUCAUUCACCAUAUUUUACAUGGUAUCAGAGCUGAUUUUGGGAUUGGGAAUUCGAAAUUCGAAAUUAGGGUUCAUUACAAAUUAGGGUUUUUUCAAUUAGGGUUCAUCACAAAUUGGGGUUUUUCAAUUAGGGUUCUUUUUCGGAAACCAUCUUUAGAGUGAUUAUUUGUUCUCACCGCCCACUCAGAAAGAUUACCCAGCCGCCAAUCUGCCAAACCCCAAAGUCCGGUCACCGGAUUCCUCGCGCGUGUGGCUCACGCGCCGCUUGUUCCUUCUGCCACCUACCCCACGCGUCGGCGCGUGGAGGCGCGUGUGACGGGGAUUUCGACGGCAAAUCAUCUCCGGUUUGUUUCUCGACUCCUCUUGAGCCUACUCGCAUCUGUCUCAGGUUGUAGUUUGGUAUUUCUCACUUCUUCGUAUCUGGGUGUUCUUUACUUGUUCUUCGUUGUUCGAUUCUGUUUUGUCUCUUUCGAUAUUUGUUUUUGAGGUUAUGGCAAAGGUGAAAUCAGAUCCAAAACCACUAGUUAUUUCUGAUGUGGUUCCCGUGAUGUCUAAAAUCACGGACCAUAAAUUGAUUGGGUCGAAUUAUUUGGAUUGGAGUAAGACGAUUCGACUUUAUCUAAGGAGUAUUGACAAAGAUGAUCACUUGACUGAUGAUCCUCCCAAAGAAAAAGACGAUUCACGAAAAGUGUGGCUACGUGAGGAUGCUCGCUUGUUUCUUCAAAUUCGAAAUUCUAUUGAUAAUGAGGUAAUUAGUUUAAUUAAUCAUUGUGAAUUGGUUAAAGAACUAAUGGAUUACUUGGAGGUUUUGUAAUCUGGAAAAGGCAAUCUAUCUCGUAUGCAUGAUGUUUGCAAAGCCUUUUACCGCGCGGAGAAACAAGAUCAGUCUCUUAUGAACUACUUUAUGACAUUUAAGAGGACAUACGAAGAGCUUAAUGUGUUGUUGCCAUUUAGUCCUGAUGUGAAGGUUCAACAGCGCCAGCGAGAGCAGAUGGCUAUCAUGAGCUUUCUAGCAGGACUCUCAUCUGACUUUGACUCUGCAAAGUCACAGGUUCUUUCUGGGUCUGAUGUCUCCUCUUUACAAGAUGUCUUUAGCCGUGUUCUUCGUACAGAAACUACUCCAUCUGUUUCUCUUAAUAGUGCUUUGGUUGGUCAUAAUAAUCAUGCACCAUGGAGAAACUCUACUCCAAGUGGUUCCAAAGGAGGCAAUUCCCAAAGGCCUGACAAUCGAACACCGGAAUCCGGGAGCAUUAUGUGCAACUAUUGUAAGAAACCAGGCCAUACCAAGUUCGAGUGUAAGAAGCUACAAUUUAAAAAUCAGCAAAAACACUAUGCUAAUGUUGCAAACACUAGUGAUGCACCUGAUAGAUCGGUCACUAUUUCUGCGGAUGAAUUUGCCAAGUUCUCAAGGUACCAAGAAUCACUCCAGUCUUCAUCUCCUUCUGUCACUGCAAUUGCUGAUUCAGGUAAAUCUAAUGCAUGCCUUCUUUCCACAUCCUCGAAAUGGGUCAUUGAUUCUGGUGCCACAGAUCACAUGACAGGUAAUUCCAGUCUCUUUUCCACUUUUCAGUCUUAUAGUCCCACUUCUUCUGUUACCUUAGCUGAUGGAUCACCAUCUUCUGUUCUUGGAUCUGGCACUGUUACUCCUACACCUUUGCUUACUUUGUCAUCAGUCUUACAUUUACCUAAUUUAUCCUUUAAUUUGCUUUCUGUUAGUCAACUCACUCGUAAUUUGAAUUGUUGCAUCUCUUUCUUUCCCGAUCAUUGUUUAUUUCAGGAUCUUAUGACGAAGAAGAUUAUUGGUAAAGGACAUGAAUCUGGCGGCCUGUAUGUUCUUGAUCCACUGUCCUCAACUCCUAUUGCUUGUCCGAGUGUCGCUUCCGCUUUUGAGGCUCAUUGUCGUUUGGGCCAUCCAUCCCUUCCUUUGCUCAAGAAGCUUUGUCCCCAAUAUAGUAAGGUGUCUUCAUUAGAUUGUGAGUCGUGUCAGUUUGCCAAACAUCAUCGUGUUAGUUUGAGUCCUAGAGUCAAUAAACGUGCUAGUGUUCCUUUUGAGUUAGUUCAUUCUGAUGUAUGGGGUCCUUCUCCUAUUUUGUCUAAACCUGGAUUCAGGUAUUUUGUUACUUUUGUGGAUGAUUAUUCUCGUGUAACUUGGUUAUAUUUAAUGAAAAAUCGUUCCGAGUUGUUUCCUAUAUUUUGUGCUUUUUGUGCUAAGAUUCAAAAUCAAUUUAAUGUGCAUGUUCGUACUUUGCGAAGUGAUAAUGCCAAGGAAUACACAUCUGCUCAAUUUCAAUCUUAUAUGAUCUCUAAUGGCAUGCUUCAUGAAACUUCUUGCGUUGAUACUGCACCCCAAAAUGGUGUAGCAGAACGUAAAAACAGACAUCUUCUUGAAACUGCACGUGCCCUCUUGUUUCAAAUGAAAGUUCCCAAACCUUUUUGGGCCGAUGCAGUUUCCACAGCUUGCUUUCUUAUUAAUCGCAUGCCAUCCUCAGUACUUAAUGGUGAGAUCCCAUUUAAAAUUCUUUUUCCUGUUAAGUCAUUGUUUCCAGUUGCUCAUCGGGUAUUUGGCAGUGUUUGUUUUGCUCGAGAUGUCCGUCCACAUGUCACCAAAUUAGAUCCUAAGUCAUUAAAGUGUGUAUUUCUUGGUUAUUCUCGUCUUCAGAAAGGGUAUAGGUGUUAUUGUCCUGAUCUUAACAAAUAUCUUGUGUCUAUUGAUGUUACUUUUGUGGAAAAUACACCUUAUUUUUCAUCUUCACCUACUCCUACUCGUCAUGGGGAUGAUGAUGAUUUGUUGGUAUAUUCUGUCACAACGGCUGCGCCCGAUACAUGUUCUGAUGAGUCUCUUGUUCCUUCACCUACCUCGGUCAUAGCUCCCGCAAUGCCUACACCACCUCCUAAGCCUCCUAUUAUAGUGUACUCCAGGCGUCCACCUCCUGUUUCAUGUCCUGCACCUGCAUCAUCAUCAUCAGAUUCGGAACUCAACGAUGAUCUUCCCAUUGCACUACGUAAAGAAAAAUUAUCCUAGAAUCAAAACUAUUGUUAAUAAAGUUGGUACAAUCUCAAAUGAAUUCCGCGUGCCCAAAUUUGAAGUUCUAGCAGGAGAGAAUGAUAUGGUUACAGAAGUGAAGCAGUAUGGAUCGACUUUCAAGCUUGAUUA